CCGGAUGCAAAUAAUGGAAGAGCGGCAUAGUGCGGUUGACGACUGGCUGCGACGUAUUUCUACAAAUGACACUCGUGUUCCAGCGUACGAAAUAUGUAUGAGGACAAUGGACAUGUUGUCUGAAUUGUCGACAGCAUGUGAAAAACAACAGACUAGAGUGAAACUUAUUCUAGAUGACAUGAAACAGAAAGAAAACGAAUACAAGUCAGAAGGUCUUGUCCGAAAUAAACAACAGAAGUUACCUGUCUGCAACUGCUAAUUCAGAAUCAAUUGCUUUCAUGGCUUACCACAUUUAUGGAGCCUAUCAUUGUAACCAAGAGCGGUAUUUGUAUUUGGUGUCUAAUUAUAAU